CAGAUGACCUAAAGAUUGGUAUGGUGUAAUAUGUGAAGGAAACAAGAUGGGAUGCUGCCAGAGCUGCCGUCGGAAGAAGGCUCGGCCGCCUUCUGCAGAGAUCGGAAACUUCCUCUACCCUGAGAUUCCUGACACUGGGGGCCAUCCAUUUACAGAGAUCAAAGAAGAGCCAUCAUCAUGCGAAGAUAUCAUCAGGGCAUCACCGGUGCCUCCUGCAACAAACAGCCAUCGACAGGACAUGACCCCGAUCAACAAUCUAUCAUUUGUGAUCCGAAGAACUCCUGGGUCAACGCUCUCCUUGUCCAAGAGACUCUCUAUGGCAGGGAACUUCUAUCGCUUGAGUCGCUAUGGAAGCCAGUUCAGCCUUGCGGACAGUUUGAAGACAGAUGGAAGCACUUGGACAGUCACAUCAUCGGUUGCAGAGCAGAAGGAAGUGGAUGAUCCAAACUACGCAGCAGAAGUGCUCAACAAACUCAACCAAUUCCGUCUGGAGGAUAGAUUCACAGACUUCAAAAUAUUUGUUGGAAAUUCUCAAUUUAGGUGUCACAAAGUAGUUUUAGCUGCAACUAGCAGAUUCUUUGCCCAUAAUCUAGCAGAUGAAGUUACGGAGGAAGGAGAUCGAAUUGCCAAAGAUGACCUUGUCAUUGAUGCUGUAGAACCGUUUAUUGUGCGGUUGUUGCUUGAUUAUAUCUACUCGGCUAAACUCACAAUCAGCAAUGAGAAUGCUACAAAGCUUCUUGCAGCAUCAAGGCAGUUCCACAUGCAUUCAUCAGAACAGGCAUGCCUAGAGUUUCUUGAGAGACAAGACAAUCGAAGGAGAGAAUCAGCAAAUGACCUUGCAAAGCUUGCCACGGAAUACACCUUUGAACAACCUUACCAUGUCAACGAAAUCCUUCUCGGACUUAAUGACCAAAGACACGAUGGCAAGUUUGUAGAUGUUAGACUAUGUGUUGAGAAGGAGGAACUUCAGUGUCAUCGGGUUGUCAUAGCAACCAUCGAUGAAGUGAUGGAGAAGAGAAUGCUACAUACAGAGGAGACUGGGAAGGUGACCAUAGAAGACAUCACCCCAUCUGUUCUUAGGAUGAUUGUCAAUUACACCUACACAUCUCGUUUAGAGAUAUUUGAAGAGAAUGCCAGAGAAGCAUUGCAGCUAGCCUCCAUGAUGAAACACUCCUCAGCCAUUCAGAAGUGUAGUGAUUACUUGAGAGGAAUGUUAGACCCUGCUAAUUGCCUUGAGAUACAACGGACAGCCUAUGAGAACCCUAGCUGUGAACAACUCCAUAAGGCUGCAACAAAAUAUGCCUUGAAGUGCUUCCCAGAGGUGAUCAAGCAGGAUCAAUUCCUUCAGCUGUCUCCUGAGGAAGUCCUGGACUAUCUUGGAGAUGACAACCUCAACCUGAGAUCAGAAGAAGAUGCCUUUGAGGCGCUGAUGAAGUGGGUCAAGUACAAGGAAGACGAGAGAGCCGGGUACCUUUCAGACAUGCUCAUGUGCAUCCGUCUCCCAUACAUCCCUCCCGACAUGCUCCGUGAUAAGAUCAAGACUGCACCUCUGAUACGGGACAAUGAAGGUUGCCAGUUCCUGAUCCUUGAGGCUAUGGAGAUGCAGCAGAUCAUCCGUGAAGGCAGGAGCAGUGGAGAUCCUCGCAUGAAACCAAGAAGGGCAUUCUCCGAUGUGACCUUUGUCAUCGGUGGACGCAACAAGCAACAGACCUGGAUCAGGGACACUUGCUACUAUGAUAGUGUCAGGCGCAAGUGGUACCCGCUUGCGCCAUAUCCAGGAAACACUACUGAAUACCGUGUAGUUGCUCACAACAACGAUGUCUAUGUAAUAGGUGGUCGUAACGAAGCAAAGAAAAUCACCGGAGACACUUGGAAGUAUAACUCGCUAUUCAACGAGUGGUCACAAUGCAAUGGGCUUGUUAUUCCUAGACUCUGCCAUGGUCUGGGUAUUGUCCAAGAUAGAAUAUACGCGGUCGGUGGCCGCCUAGACUCCUCGAAUGAACCCCUCCAUGAGGUGGAAAGAUACAGUCGACGAUCCAACCAAUGGAAGCAGACUGAAUCUCUUACCUAUGGAGUCGUUGAUCCAGUCGUGACCGCUCACAGUCGACGUCUCUACGUCAUUGGAGGUCACAUGGAAGACACUAAUGACAUUCUGGUACAAUGCUUUCAUGUGGAUAAAAGUUGUUGGACAGUCAUUAGAGACAUAUCUUUGCCUUGUGAACCAAGGGUUGGAGCCACUCUGAAGAGCAAGAUUUAUCUUGUGGGAGGAAGAACUGAGUACAAAGUACAGGUGUACAGUCCACAUAAAGGGGAAGUGAAUACUAUAGCAGAGAUGCAGCAUGCCGAUGGCCACGCUAGGGAUCUAUACUCCAUGACCGUCACCAACAAGAAGAUCGAUGUCAUCGGCGGUCAGUGGACGGUAGGUGACGAAGACGAUGCCUUGACCAUCUCAACGAACAGUGUAGAGCAGUUUGACCCCCAGACCAAUGAGUGGACCGUCCUUGGGCCGAUGCCUAGAGCCUUGACCUAUCACGGUUGUGUGACCAUCAAGAAGUAUAUAGGCCUUCCUAAGUCCCUCCUGAGCUGGGUACCAAAGACUGGAUUCCAUCAUGGUAGAUGAAGAAAGAACAGCAAGGAAUUUUGAGAUUUGGACACAAGAGGGCAUUUAAAUUUGUAAUGGGGCAAUUCCAUACAGCUUGUACAUUUGAGGCCAGUUUCAUAAAACUGUUUAUGAUAACAAAUUUGC